AGUGUAAUAGGGGAUUUCUAUUAUCGAAGCAGUUUCUGUCUAUGUUCGUACUGACUGUUUUUGCUAAUAUCUCUGCAUGGGGUAAGGGAAGUUGCCAUGGCAAUUGUAAUCUAACGUCACUUCCGUUCGUUUUAAAAACCUCAAACAGUGUUUGCCGUCGUCCUGACUGAGGUAAAUAAACUGAAUGGAGAAAAUUCCCGUUUCUCUCAGCCAUCACUUCACCACCCAAGAAGUGAGUUCAACAACCUAGCUAGCUAUAGAAACAUUUCUCACCCAGGAGCUCGAGACAAUGGCUGAGUCUAUGCGCUCGAGCCUGCCGAACGGCGGAGCCGCAUCGAGUCGACACGAGAAAAGUUUGGGGCUCCUCACAAUCAAGUUCGUGACUUUACUCCAAGAGGCGAAGGACGGCGUACUUGACCUGAAAGUGGCUGCAGACAGCUUGGCCGUGAGACAGAAGAGGAGGAUCUAUGACAUCACCAACGUGCUGGAGGGAGUGGGCCUCAUCGAGAAGAAAACCAAGAACAUAAUUCAGUGGAGAGGGGAGAACCUGGGCUGCCAGACAGCGGAGGUGCUGGAGCAGGUGGAGGUGCUGACAGCUCAGCUGUGUGAGCUGGAGGAGCAGGAGAAGGAGCUUGACAGCCAGAAGGCCUGGCUGGAGCAGAGCAUCAAACACAUGAACGAUGACCCUAUCGCCAGCAGGUAUAUGUAUGUGACCCACGAGGACAUCUGUGAUGCGUUCAGUGGGGACACUCUUCUGGCGGUGGUCGCUCCCUCAGGAACACAACUGGAGGUACCGGUGCCUGAAACGGGUCAGAGAGGCCAGAAGAGGUACCAGGUGAAUCUAAGGAGCACGUCAGCUCCGAUCCAGGUGAUGCUCAUCAACAAAGAGUCUGGUUCCUCCAGACCUGUUGUGUUCUCUGUGCCUCCCCCAGAGGACCUGUCUUCCAUGCCUACCCCACCCACCACCCCUGCGGACCUGCAGAGGUUCCCCCUGCCCUCUGACUCAGCCCAUUUCCCCAGCCCUGUGACACACCACAUCUCUGAACACAAGAUGGCGCCACUGCGGAGGCACGAUGAGGAUCUUACACCCUCCUCCACCCCACCAGACAUACACAUGGAAUGCCACCCCCAGGCGACUACUGGUCUAGCGAUGCAGCAGUUGGUCGGCACGCCAACAGGUGUCCAGCAGCAAGGGGUUCUGGGAGGACACUUGGGCCAGGACCUCCAGUCCAUGCUGGACGUGGGCAGCCUUCUGAAAUUAACCAACACAGGAGACCACAUGAAGGAAGAGAGAGAGGGUGUGGCUGACCUAAUAGAUGAGCUGAUGUCUUCUGAUGUGUUCCCUCUGCUGCGACUGUCUCCCAAUGCAGGGGUGGACUACAACUUCAACCUGGAUGACAAUGAGGGAGUCUGUGAUCUGUUUGACGUCCAGAUCCUCAAUUACUGAGGGACGAGAGGGCGUCAUGUUCGUACGAACAGCGGGGUGUUUCUUUACUUUUCCCUAGCGUAGCAGAGGUUCUUCUGUCAUGUUUAAAUUUCCUAAUUUAAUCCUACAUUGAGUUAUUAGUGCACUGCCUAUUCUGAAGCCAAUGGUUGUACUCCUAAUACUAUCCCUUUGGCAUCAACCCUAAACACUGACAUUUUCUGAGCCCCUAGAUAUCAGCGACCUAUAAUGACCUCUUAUUCCCAGCCGUCAGUUAUCUCUGGCUAUGGCUCUACCAGCCAUUACUAUCUGUCCAAAUGUGAAUUAUGAAGAAUGUAGCAGCUGAACCUAUCUGCCAGAGGAUGAUGAGGAUUUGAUCCGCUGUAUGACAGUAAUUGGUCGCCCUUUGUUUAUACCAGGAGUCGCCGUGCUCAAAUGGGGGUACUGAGGGAAGUUUCUCAUUCAUGUGUGAGGGGAAUACAUCGAGAGUCCAGACAAUAAUACAGCCAUACUUGAGUCAGGUGACAGAAAACCCUGCUACAUUCUAGAGUUAGAUUACAGUUAGCAAAGUGCCUGAGUGGAUGCAGCCAUGAUGUGGGGUUGUUGUUGGCUAUCCAAUGCACUUAUUUAGAUGCAUCUCUGCAUCGUCUUUGUUUAGACGACCAAAGUAUUUUCCACAACUGAAUCACAUUGCGUUGACGCCAGGGUUUUUCUUUUUCUGUAGAUCCUUUUGAUAUUUAACACCUCAUAGUUAUGUGAUGGUGUUCAUUCCUGACAUGGACACAGUUAUUGACGUUUCCGGUCGUGGAGAUGCUUGUUGAUCCAGUGUGAUUGUAUGUAGACCCGGAUGUAUGUAAUUACGUCAGGUAGUAUUGAUUCUCACUGACUCGAUGUCUUCCUCAUCUCCACCAUGCAAUGUGAAGCGUCUUUUUCCGAACUCGAUCCUACUCAGUCUUAUUUAACUGAAGGCCUAACUGUAUGGAUGUUACUGUUUUGCUUUGUAAAUUAAUGUGACUGCUAAUAUUUUAGGCUCAAGUAUGUUAUUUCCCUUAACUAGUUAUAUUUGAAUAGAUGUAUAGAGGUUUUUUUUUAAACUUCAAUGAAAGAAAAUGAUUCUUGGUUGUAGUUAUUUUUUGCAGGACUUGAAGCUGUUCAACUGCCUUAUGAUAAUUUGACCUGCCGUAUGACAAUUGGUCUGAAUUUUUAUAGACCAGAAUGGUGCCUUGAGUGAAGUGCUUUUGUAUAUUUCUAGUUUCUUGUCCUAAUCAAAGGAAUAUUCUUUUGUGUUUUUGUUAUAUUUUGUAUAUUUGCACAUUUUGUUGGACCAAAGUUUUAUAUUAAACACAUUCAAUUGC